CCAACAUGGACGAGGAGCUGCCGUUCAAAGCCGAGUACGCUAAAAGUGGCCGUGCUUCCUGCCGAGGAUGCAAGCAAAACAUCGCCAAGGACUCCCUGCGACUUGCGGUGAUGGUGCAGGAGACAGGGGAACCUGGGAAUGCUUAGCUGUGGGUUGGUGCAUGGUGGUGGGUGGAGGAUGGUGCAUGGAUGCUGUGAUAUUGAUUCCAGUGUCCCUCAAGAAGAUGUAGCAUGUCAUGGCCAGUCACUGCUGUUUACUUCCUCCAUACCCAUUCACCAUCUCUACUGGAAGGUUGGGAGCACUGAGUAGACCACGUGGAUUAGCAAACCAGUCGCCUAUGUUUGAUGGAAAGGUGCCUCACUGGUAUCACCAAAUGUGUUUCUUUGGGAAGCAACGCCCUAAGACUGUAGCUGACAUUGCUCAUUUUGACUCAUUGAGAUGGGAAGACCAGCAGAAAAUAAAGGCCAAAGUUGAAAGUGGUGGAGGAGGAGGAGCACCAGCAAGUACAGGUAGUUCUGGUGGCAAGAAAGGCAAGAAGGGUAAGGGAGCUGGCAACCAAGGAUUGAAUGAUUACACAAUUGAAUAUGCAAAGAGUGGAAGGGCAACAUGCAGAGGCUGUGAGAACAAAAUUUUGAAGGAUGAAGUGAGGAUCAGCAAGAAAGACUAUGAUGAUGAACGCGCCCGAAUGUAUGGCCCAGUUGACCGCUGGCACCACGUGGAUUGUUUCAUUAAAAAGAGAACUGAGCUUGAGUUUUAUGACAGUGGUGAGGCUUUGCCAGGCUUCUUCACCCUUUCUGCUGAUGACAAGAAGAUGGUUAAGGAAAAGUUGAAGAAAAUUGAAGUGAAACGUAAAGCUGAGGAUGAACCUGACACUGCCACCAAAAAGAUCAAAACGGAGGAAGAGGAAAUAAUACGCAAGCAGAACAAGAUAAUGUUCCAGCACAGAGAUGCCUUAUCUAAUGUUCUUAAUAAGAAGCUGCUUUCCGUCAUCCUGGAGGACAAUGAACAGUAUAUACCGAAAGGUGAAAGUAAGAUGCUGGAGGUUAUUGUAGACAUCAUGGCCUUUGGAGCUCUUGAGCCCUGUGAAGUCUGUCACACUGAAGGUUUCAUGUAUGAGUCUGGCAAAGGUUAUGUCUGUCAUGGCAACCUAACAGAGUGGACGAAGUGCACCAACAUAGUGAAGGAACCCAAGCGGCGUCCCUUCAAGGUGCCUGAGGAGCUGAAGGAGAAGGUUCCUUAUUUUUCAAAAUACAAGUUUCCUGGGAUUGGAAAGAGGGUGUGGAUAGACCAUGGACCAACUAGUGCAGCAAUGUCCAGAAAGAAGGAAAAUGGAACUACAGCAUCAGAUCCAAAUAAGCCAUUGGAAGGAAUGAAGUUUGCAAUCAUAGGGAAGAAGUUCUCAAAAGACAAGAAAGUCCUGAAGGAGAAAGUGCAGGAGCUGGGUGGAGAAGUAGUAAAAAAAGUUACAAAGGAAACCGCUGCCGUUAUAACCACUCCAGAUGAUAUUGGUGGGACGGAGAAAAAUAUAGCCCAAGCCCAGUCCCUGGAUGUGCACUGUGUCAGUGAGGACUUCCUUGAUGAAGUUGAAAAGGGAGGGGCCCUGCUCAUGAUACCCAAGAAGAGUAUUGCUUCAUGGGGAGGGAAUGUUCAAGAUAGAGUUUUUCCAACCAAGUCUUCAAAAGCCGAGUCCCGCUUCACCAAGAGCAUACCAGACAAGCAGAAGUUCAAGUUGAAGGGAGGUGCUGCAGUUGACCCAGAUUCUGGCUUGGAUGAAGAGGCCCAUGUGUACCAGAGAGGAAACAAACUAUACACUUGUGUGCUAGGUAUGGUAAACAUCAUGAAGGGAACAAACUCCUAUUACAAGUUGCAAGUUUUGGAAAGUGACAAAAAGAACAGCUGGUGGGUGUUUCGCUCCUGGGGCCGCAUUGGCACUACUAUUGGUAAUAACAAGUUGGAGAGCACAGAGGAUGCUAAUGAUGCUGUGACCCAAUUUGAGGCACUGUAUGAGGAAAAGACAGGCAAUCGUUUCUCAGCCAAGGAAUUCAAGAAGGUACCAGGCUGCUGGUUCCCCUUGGAUAUUGAUUACGGCCAGGAGGAAGAAACUGCUUCUAAGCCUUUGGUAGCAGGAUCCAAAAGUAAGCUGCCAAAGCCUGUGCAAGAGUUGGUAGCACUGAUCUUCGAUGUAGACACCAUGAAGAAAUCCCUUUUGGAGUUUGAGAUUGACACAAAGAAAAUGCCACUUGGAAAGCUGAGCAAGAAGCAGAUUGAGAGAGCUUACCGUGUUCUCUCAGAGGCAUUGGACCUUAUGGGGAAGCUGGAUAAGAAACCAGCUGUGGAUGGAGAUGAGGCAGCAGCGUCCUCACAGGCAGCUUUGAAUGCCCAGUUGCUAGACUGUUCCAACAGGUUCUACACACUCAUUCCUCAUGACUUUGGGAUGAAAACUCCACCUCUUCUGAAAGAUCUUGAACUGAUUAAGAACAAAAUUGCCAUGUUGGACAACCUCAGUGAGAUUGAGAUUGCCUACAGCCUCUUGAAAUCUGAAGAUGAUGGAGACAAGGGUGCCGACCCAAUUGACAAACACUACCGCAAACUGAAGACCAAAGUGGAUGUGCUUGACAAGAGUUCUGAUGAAUUCAAGAUGAUCCAGGACUAUGUCAAGAACACACAUGCUGCCACACACUCGCACUACUCUUUGGUUGUGGAUGAGGCAUUUAAGAUUGAGCGCCAGGGGGAGAAGAAACGCUACAAGCCUUUCAAGCAGCUCCACAACAGGCAGCUACUCUGGCAUGGUUCCCGCCUCACAAACUUUGCUGGUAUCCUGUCUCAGGGUCUUCGCAUUGCACCCCCUGAGGCACCAGUCACAGGAUACAUGUUUGGUAAAGGUGUCUAUUUUGCUGACAUGGUUUCCAAAUCAGCCAACUACUGUUGCACCUCAAAGUCAAACUCAACUGGGUUAAUUCUUCUCUGUGAAGUUGCACUCGGCAAUAUGUAUGAAAGACUCGGUGCAGAGUAUGUGGAGAAACUUCCUGCUAACAAACACAGCACCAAGGGCCUGGGCCGCACAUGUCCUGACCCCAAGGCAACCAUCAAGGUGGAGGAUGGUGUGGAAGUUCCUCUUGGUAAAGGUAUCACUUCAGGUGUUAAAAACACAUCACUUCUGUAUAAUGAGUACAUCGUUUAUGAUGUUGCCCAAAUCAAUGCAAAAUACCUCUUGAAAUUAGAUUUCCAGUACAAGUAUUAGAUUUGCAGCUGUAAUUGCUACUGUCUAUUGAUGUCUUUUGAGAAUUGGCAAGUUUAGUUCUCAGAACAUGGUCUUGAUCUUUUUGUAACAGAUCUGAUCAUUUUUAUAUACAUUAAACCCUUGUAUUACCAGACUAAUUGAGAUGAAGCCACUGAUGUUAAAGGCAAAAAUCUGAUAAAAGUGGCAGUGAGUGGAUUAGAAGUGCCACAACCUCUAACAACAUCUGCCAGUGGGAGGCUGAGGCAGAAGUAGUGUGUGGGUGCCAGGGUUAUACUGCCAGCCAGCUGAAAUUAUUAUACAUCAAUGUGAAAAGUAUGACAUUUUCUCUAUACACUAUGGCAAAGUGUAUGGGAAACAAUGUGUCAGGAUUAGAAAAACCCCAACCUACUGGGCUUUUUUUUUGGGGGGUG